GUCGUUCUCAGUCUGCGCACAUAUUCCACUUGGCCAGCAUCACUCGGGAGUCCGCAGACACUGCGCUGAUUGAACAAGCGGAGGGGAGCUCAUUUCCAGAGCGCAUUGAUUGUGUUAGAAGGGUUUCUUCACUAGACUGCCAGAGGCCGAGAGAGAGAGAGAGAGAGAGAGAGAGAGAGAAAGAAAGAAAGAAAGAAAGAGAAGCCAUUUUCAACCACGCCUUUAAAAGUAAAAACCCACAAAAGAGGAAACGGGGUUAAAGGAUUUUUCUUCCUCCAAAGUAGCCUUGAUUGAGUUUGUUUCAAAGGGAAAGUGCUUUUUGGGGGGAAAGCGAUCAGCGGGAAGAUUCCGGUGGCCGCUCCUCUCCGUGCGUAAAGAUAAAAAAAAAAAAGUUUAGCUCGUCAAGGUGCAUUUCACAGGUCGGGCAGAGUAGAAAGCUCUCCAUUACGCUCCCCGGGAAUUGUAAAGCUCACCCAGGACGCCCGCUGGAGGAGGAUAUAUAACUUUUUUGUGGAAAGAUAACGAAGGCGUGUCGGUGUAACGGAGAGCCGAGGAGUCCUUCUCCGCUGAACCGGGAGCAGUGCGCGCGGCACAAAGCACGGCACCUCAGAAACAAGGUUAUGACGGAACUGAGCUGAAAAUGGAGCUUUUCUGGAUUUUGUUAUUUUCUAGUGUAUAUCCUCUCACCGGGGGCCAAGGAGUUUACGCUCCAGCCAACGCCCAGAUCGUGCACUCAGGCGAAGCGUGUAACGUCAAGGAUGAUAACAUCAGUGAGAGAAUCUACACCAUCAAAGAAGGAGACACACUAGUUCUUCAGUGCAUUGUCAAAGGACACCCAAGACCUCAGGUACGGUGGACGAAGACGGCUGGCAGUGCAUCAGACAAGUUCCAGGAAAAACCCAUCUUCAACGAGACGCUGCGCAUCGAGUCCAUCAAGAGGAUUAAGGGGGGUCGCUACUACUGCAAGGCCGACAACGGGGUGGGGGUGGCUGCCAUCAAGUCCAUCCGCGUAGAUGUGCAGUACCUUGAUGUACCUGUUCUGACGGUGCACCAGACCAUCAGCGAUGUGCGUGGCAGUUACUACCAGGAGAAGACGGUGUUCCUGCGCUGCACCGUCAACUCCAACCCUCCCGCGCGGUUCAUCUGGAAACGCGAGAACAUGCUCAUCGAACAGAGCAAGGACAACGGAGUGGACAUCUACGAACCCCUUUACACUCAGGGUGAGACCAAGGUGUUGAAGCUGAAAAACCUGAGACCCAGAGACUUUGCCAACUACACAUGCCAGGUGUCCGUCCGCAAUGUUUGUAACAUCGAGGACAAGUCCAUCACCUUCAGGCUGACAAAUGCCACAUCUCCGCCUAUGGUCCGGCUGUCGGUGAACGACACGGUGGUGGUGGAUCCCGGGCAGGACGUGCUGUUAACCUGUGAGGUCACAGCCGGUUUCCCCCCGCCGACCGUUGUGUGGUCACUCUACCCCAGGUCGCUUCCCCUCAGCGCCCAAGUUCGAGGGCCGACGCUGAUUCUGCGAGCGGUCACCCUGGACGAUGCCGGGGUCUACAACUGCACAGCUGUCAACAAUGUGGGCAACCCCGCGCGCAAGGUCGUCAACCUCGUCGUCAGAACAAUGAGCAACCUGACCUUCCAGAUUACACCUGACUCCAACAAGGACAGCGAGACCAUCCAGAUGGGUCGGGACCUCAAGCUGUCGUGCCACGUUGAUGCCACUCCACAGGACAAGGUCAACUACACCUGGUACAAGAACGGUGCGCCCGUCUUCAACUCGGAGAGCCUGAUUUUGCUGCGCAGUGACCCGGACAUGGCACCCGGCACCAGUAGCUUGGAGAUCGUGGACAUGAAGUUCAGGGACUUGGCCACCUACAGCUGUGUGGCCAACUUCCCGGGCAGCAGGGUGCCGGAGCUCCGCGUGGACGUCAACAUCUCUCAGAACAGCGUCUCCCCUCCUGUGCUGUCGGUCCCGCCCGGUGGUCAGGUGGUCAGUGUGCGAGAGGGGGGUAAUGUCGAGCUGGUGUGCUUGGUGGUAGAUGGGAAACCCCGUCCGCCCAUACUGUGGUCACGGGCAGAAAAGGACCUGCUAAUGCCGUCGGGGACAGCGACGAUGGAGACGCCCGAUGGACGUUUGAGACUGAAGAACGUCAGUCGGGACAUGAUGGGGGCGUAUCGGUGCCAGACUGCUCCAUACAACGGGCUGAACAUCAAACGCAGGGAGCUACAGGUCCAGCUCAACGUGCAGUUCCCUCCAAUACUGGACCCAGUCUUCCAGGAUGCGCGUUGGAGGAACUCUCAGAUGGUGACCCUGAGGUGUAACAUCUUGCGGUCAAACCCGCCACGCCUAACAGACAUCCGCUGGUUCCGUAACGGCGACUUCGUCCCCAUGCCAACGGCAGACCUGAAGGAGAUGCCGGAGCUGAAGUUUAAGCUGGAGCCUACCAACAAUGGCUCUUAUGAGUGCCGAGUCAGCAAUAAUGCAGGAACGUCAACAUGCACGUUUAAUGUCUCUGCACAACCUUACAACGCUGAGUUCUACUUUGACACACCGAAUCCAGUGCGAAUUCUAAAAGGAAACAACUAUUCUUACAACCUGCAGUGGACACAGAAAGAUCCUGAGGCUACGGAUCGUAUCAUUGGCUACUGGAUUAAUGUCCGGAAGAACAAGCAGAAUGUGCUGUGGAAGCAGAUAGACCUCAAGGGCAAGGAGCCAGAGCAGGGUGUGCUGAUAUCUCACACCAUAUCAGACCUGAAAAUCCCUCUGUCGUACGAGGUCAGACUUUCCCCCAUCACCACCUACAGCACUGGGGACUUCGUCAGUCGCAUCAUACAGUACUCUGAACCCUACACCUACCCAAGGCCUUCAGACCAUGUAUGUGGUUUUGAGAACGAAAGGAUUUGUGGUUUCUCUCAAGACCGAAGUGAUAUCUUUGAUUGGACGAGACAGAACCAUCUGACACGGAAUCCCAAGCGAUCUGCAAACACGGGCCCCGAGACCGACCGCAGUGGAAGCAAGGAAGGGUACUACAUGUACAUCGAAACGUCCUCUCCACGUGUUCAGGGCGACAAGGCUCGUCUGCUUUCUCCACUUUUUAAUGUGAGCUCAGUGAGGGGCCCCAAGGGCUCCGGCAGAGUCCCGUACUGUGUCUCCUUCUACUACCACAUGAAGGGCAAACACAUUGGCACUCUCAAUGUUCUUCUGAGGGUGAGAAGCAUCGCCUCUGUGGAUUCGGUGGUGUGGAUGAAGUCUGGUCAUCAGGGCCCCGAGUGGAGGAAAGCAUUCUUUGACAUCAGCCCCAGUGGACCCUUCCAGAUCGUGUUUGAAGGAAUUCGAGGCGCGGGUUUCGAGGGAGAUAUUGCCAUUGACGACGUGUCCAUCACCAUAGGGAAGUGCAAGCAGGAAAACACUGUAGCCAGCGCAGGUAAGACAGUUCUGAUAGGUGGAUCACACACGCUCCCAGUGGCCAGCUGGCUGACCUUUGGCCUCUCCUGCAUCGUGUCGCUACUCUACAGAUGAUGAGCAUUUCCUGCAACUCCGCUUGUCUGUAGUGACAGACACUGCCCUGACUAGCGCACUUACACUUCUCUCUCUUUCCUCCUGUCAUUACCUCUACCCCCCGUCUCACUGUCUAUCCUUCUCAACGUCUUUAUAUCUCUGCAUUGAUUUCCUUCUUCUAGCUGAGAUAAGUGGUAACACAAAGUCUUUGUCCUGUUUUCACUCCUCUGCUUUCUUCUAAAAUCCCCUGUUCCCCCGGACACUGACUCACGUACUGUAUUUAAGGUAUAAAGACGUAGUGACCUUUGAUAGUUGUACUUCACACUCUCCCCAUUGCCACGCUAUUUAUUAAUUUGACCCAUUAACUGGAUCCAUGUGAGCGUGACACUUUGUCGCCUUCUCCUCUCCUUCAUCAACCUUCAUCUAUACGUCAUGUACCAUUCCCUCAACCCGCAAUCCCCAGACACACCAAAGUGUCAGACACUCAACCAAAGAUGACAAAGGACCUGAGGGAAUAUAACGAGGAAACAAGGAUUCCAAGAAGAGAGCAAAGGAGAGAGAGGAAGUGGAAGAAAUCCUACUUUUUCACAAAGGCCGUCUCCAUUCCGUCCCAAACUUUGAGGCCAUGGGAGCAACUGAGAGACGCACGAAGAAGGACUCUUGAAUGAAUUCAUGAAUAAACAAAUGAAUGCUGAGUGAAGGACAAACCAGAAACAGAGGAAAAAAGAAGUGUGAUUCUGGUAGCCUAUCUACUCUUCUUGCCACAAGAGACAAACCUCAGUGCGGAAAAUACGUGUACAUUUAUCUCUAUAUAUAUAUUAAAUAUAACAAAGUUUAAACUAAAACACAACUAGGACAGUGGAGGACUUUACAAAGUGAAAUUAAAGAAGCACAACGUUUAUACAACCUCUGCUGUUCCUUUGGCUUUUAUUCUACUUAUGAUGUGAUGUUGCAGUUUGUCAGACCUAUUCAAUGUUUUUGAUAUUUUGCUUUCUUGUUUUGUUCAAGGGUCAAUGGCAAUGGGUAAUAAAGUAUUAUAUUAAUAUUUCUGAGGAGAAUAGAUGAUGAUUUGUGAUCCAGAACCUGAUAGAGAGAGAGAGGGGCAAGGAUCACCCGAGCCACCUGGAUAGAAACCUCAACUUUUCCUCGCACAUGCCGAACAUACACACACACACACACACACACACACACAUGCUAACACAGAGUUUUCCUUGCUGACAUCACAGGCAGCCCCUCAGUCUCUUCCCCACAUACCUGUCAUGACUGUGAGAUACACAUUUAUAAGGAAAACCAUGGACGGCAGACGCACCUUUGACAUUUCUGCUCACAUUCCACAACUUUCUUAUCCCUGGACAUCAUGAUUGAUUAACCCCUAAACAAUAGCUGGACAUAACUCUAAUGAAGAGAAACGUAUGAAACGUAUGAUGUAGGACAGAAAAGAGUUCAUUUCAAUACUUCUCUCUCCACAGGUGAUUGAAUGUUGUGUAUGAAUUUCCAUACACUUUUCACAAGAGUGAAGGAUGGAAAAGAUUGUCAGUGUCUGGCUGGUGUGCAAAGUGGGUUGCAUAUCAGAUUCUCUGUCAUUUUUUUAGUUAGUGUUAAUGUCUUUAAUGUUAACAGUUAUUUUCAUAAUCACAAAGAUUUGAUUGUUAAAGUUAAGCAAUACUCAUAUCUAUACAUCUAUAAACAAUUGUUUAGGAUUGCUUUUAAGAUGGCAGUUCAGUCUGCAGAAACACCAUCAUGUCUAAAACGCAUCGUAAUGGGGACUUCUCAUCAUUUGUAGUUUUUUCCUAUGUUAUUGAUAAUAAUUAAAGCUGAAGGUAUUUUAGUCGUUCAGGGGGUCGAAAGCAUGUUUGCAUUUGGCUGCUUCAUGCUUCAACUUAUCUCUAGAAUUCCCCUCAUUCAACAGUCACCCGCCUCCAAUAACCUGUGUAUAAUAAUAUGCUUCAUUACCAUUUGCAUUACAUGCAAAUCAUGUCUGUCAAUUGGAAUUUGCACUUAUUUUAUUUCUCAAUUGCAGUCAGUGCAAAUUGCAUUAUUGAUUUCUUUAUCGUGAAUAGUAAAUACCACAUACAGAAAUAUUGUGCUUAUUUGACAUGCCCAGUCAGCUGUUUUUGGGAAUGUCUAUGGCGCUGAUGUUUACUAUUGUAUGUGCAGAACAUCAUUCUGUAUCCUUGCCAACCCACACAAAGUAGUGUAAGGAAUGCUUGACAAAUGUCUAAAGCUCCACUGACCAUAGUGUAGUAUACGCAUAUUGGAAGCCAUUGAACGUCUGCUAAAGGAAAACUCUCCCUAUUCCUGGCUCAUUGAUUGAUCUCUGUCAUUAUACAUUGAUGGCAGCUUUUAUUUGGAUGAUACAAGCUAUUUUAGAAAUGUUUGCAAUUGGAAUAAUAUGCUUUCCUGUAAUGUAGCUUGGUCAAUCUGCGAUCAUAUAAUAGUGAUAAUAACAUAUUUUAAACAUUCUAUAAUAUCCUUAAAAUGUUUCUGUCAUCAUCUAAAAAGAGUGUUUUAAGCAUUCAUUGUAACGACCACGAUUCCACCUGCAUAAUUGACCAAGGUAAUUGGCCAUAUGUGGUAUCAGCUUAAGUUGUACAGUAUCAUAAGCUUUACUCAUCUCUAAAGCAGCAUACUGUUACACAUGUCAUAAUAAAUACAUUUCAGAAAUAUCAUCAAGAAAUGUUGUGUAUCGCAUUUCAUUUUGCUUAUUGUCAAACCAUCGCUCAUAUUGGUCCGUAUUGUAAUCUCCAGAAACAGGGGAAACAGAACCAUCACUGCAUCUGGACAUGUGACCGCUGAAUCAACACAAUACUGUUGACGUUUUAAGAUUAUCUGUCACUUUUGUUCUAUUUCCCAAAAUUACACGGAAAAUCCAAUUGGUUGCGUUUUGAUAUUUAUAACUCAAGUUCAAAGUGACAGAAAAUCGGAAUAUCACAGCAUCCCAUAUACACCAACCCAUUGCAGAGCUUUUCAUUCCUCAUUGUGUUGACUGUUAAAGCAUUGAAACUGUAAUUUUUUACCAAAAUUAAAGUAUGUGGCAAUAUGACGUAACUGUCACUUUAUCCAAUGACUUUCCAAAAAUAUAUUCAUAAUUUUUCUCCAAACUGGCUCACUAGAGUCAACUGGUUCAUGGUUAGCUUUGGGUCCCACUAUGACCCCCAAAACAGAGUAUUCAAGAGAACGUACAUCAAACAAUUGCAACAUUUUGAACGUGGUUUAGGUAAUUACCAUUUAAAAUAUUUAGUGUGAAAUCAAACGACAACCACAUUUUUGCUUGUGAGAGUGAAGUUUCCAUAAAUCUUCUAUGGUCCAAUCUCAUGCUAAAGGCAUCAUUUACAAUUAAAUUAAAAUGUAUUAAAAG